AUGGGUUCGGUCGUUCUCUACGGGGUGCCUAUAUGGGCCGACGCGGCCAUCGCGUCACGGCGCAUCAAAGUUUUGAUGCGCCGAGCACAGCGCAUCAUUGCGCUGAGGGCGGCUCGCGCCUACCGAACGGCGACGGUUACGGUCCUGGCGUUAGUCCCUCCCUUGGAAUUGAUGGGGCAGACCCACUCCGAGCUAUACCGCAGGGUCAAGGCCCUGCGCGAGGAGGGGAUACUGCUCACGGCUGGUGUCAGGACCGUGCUUAGGUGGCAGGCGCGGCACUUCCUCGUGAUCCGGUGGCAGAGAUACCUGUCGGAGUCGGACGCGAGGGAGCAGAGAGCCGUACGCGCCAAUCUCCCCCUACUUCCGGAAUGGCUCGGAAGGAGCUGGGGCGGCGUCACCUACAGAAUGGCACAGGUGCUUACCAAAGCAUGGCUGCUUUGGUAA